AAGUCAGGAAGUGUCUCCGGUUUAAACCUUCAUAAUUGUGGUCUAAGAGGGUAAGGAGUAGAAAAAUCAAUUCUAGAGAAGUAGCAACUCAACAAGAUCUAUUCGCAAUAUGGGGCCAUGAUGGGGAAAUGUUAUAUGAACACAUCAUUGAGGGGACUGAAGAUUUCAACUCAAAAAAUUGUAUUGGCACUGGAGGAUAUGGAAAUGUUUACAAGGCCGAGUUGCCUACAGGUCGAGUUGUUGCUGUGAAAAAACUUCACUCAACACAAGAUGGAGAGAUGGCUGAUCUAAAAGCUUUCAAAAGUGAGAUUCAUGCUUUAGCAGACAUACGACAUCGCAACAUUGUCAAGCUUUAUGGCUUUUGUUCAUGUUCAGAAAACUCAUUUUUGGUUUAUGAGUUCAUGGAAAAGGGAAGUUUGAGAAACAUUCUAAGCAACAAGGAAGAAGCAACAGAGUUUGAUUGGGUUUUGAGGCUAAAUGUUGUCAAAGGCAUGGCUGAAGCUUUAUCUUAUAUGCACCAUGAUUGCUCCCCUCCUUUAAUUCACCGAGACAUAUCGAGCAACAAUGUUCUGUUAGAUUCAGAAUAUGUAGCUCAUGUAUCCGACUUCGGCACAGCUCGGCUUCUGAAGUCAGACUCAUCUAAUUGGACUUCAUUUGCAGGAACUUUUGGUUAUAUUGCUCCAGAACUUGCUUAUGGCUCCAAGGUGGACAGUAAAACAGAUGUUUAUAGCUUUGGAGUGGUCACAUUGGAAACAAUUUUUGGAAAGCAUCCUGGGGAACUCAUCUCAUCGCUCUUUUCAUCAGCGUCCUCGUCAUCCUCAUCACCAUCAACUGUUUAUCAUUUACUGUUGAAUGAAGAGAUAGACCAACGUCUCUCACCUCCUAUGAAUCAAGUGGCUGAGGAAGUAGCGGUUGCAGUGAAGUUAGCACUUUCAUGCUUGCAUGCUAAUCCCCAAUCUCGACCAACCAUGCGACAAGUUUGUCAAGCACUCUCAACACGGUGGCCGCCAUUGUCAAAACCAUUCUCCAUGAUUACUUUGGGCGAACUGCUUGGUCAUGGAGGUGAAACUACUUGAGGGUCUUCACUUAUCCUUGUAUAUAUAUUUGUUGUCAUGCAUUGUGUGCGCCUUGGAUUUUACUUUUCAUUGUCUUUGUAUUCUGUUUUCUUAUUUCAAUAAGUACAGUUUGCACAAAAA